CUUCUCAGACAGGAAGAAACCUGCACUAAACUUCCUGCAACUUUCCGGACAAGCUUCCUGUCUGUAACGGCGAAUGAUAAAUAAACAUGACAACUCUCCUUUGCAGACUGGUGGGGCCGAGGUGGUUGGGUGUAAUUCUGCCGGAUACACACGCACGAACACCGUAUCUGACCCCCCGGGACAGAACGCGACAGCUGGCCGGUGGAGGUCGUUCUCUGACGGGUUACAGCCGCGCACUCAGCCGUAAGCAGCAUACAGAGGCGGAAGCUGCUGUAGAGGUGGAUCUGAAGCGGUUGGAUGGGGAAGACAAUGGUAUAGCAGAGGUGCUGAUGUGCCGACAUGUGGCAAGAAACUCUCUGGGCCAUGUGUUUGUGUCACAGAUGAGGGAGCUGGUGUCCACUCUGUCCAAUGACUCAGCAGUGCGUGUGGUUGUCUUCAGGAGUUUGGUGCCGGGGGUUUUCUGUGCAGGUGCUGACCUGAAAGAGAGAGCUCUGAUGAACAACUCUGAGUCCGAUCUGUUUGUUCACAACCUGCGAUCCCUCAUGACUCAGAUAGCGUUGUUGCCCAUGCCGACCAUCGCUGCGGUGGACGGCGCAGCUCUGGGAGGUGGCCUGGAGCUGGCCUUGGCCUGUGACCUUCGCUCUGCUGCGUAUUCUGCACAGAUGGGUCUGAUUGAGACAACACGGGGGCUGCUCCCAGGGGCGGGGGGCAGUCAGCGUCUACCGCGGAUGGUCGGCAUGACUCUGGCCAAAGAGCUCAUCUUCACAGGUCGGCGUGUGGGAGGGCAGACAGCUCUGGAGAUGGGGCUCGUAAACAGAGCUGUGGAACAGAACCAGACAGGAGACGCUGCCUACAGAGAGGCACUCAGCCUGGCCAGAGAGAUACUGCCUCAGGCUCCUAUCGCUGUGCGUAUGGCAAAAGAAGCAAUGAACAGAGGCUUUGAGGUCGACAUCAGUUCAGCAAUGGCAAUAGAGAGGAUGUGUUAUGCUCGGGUCAUUCCCACGCGUGACAGACAAGAGGGUAUGGCUGCCUUUAUAGAGAAGAGACCUCCGCGGUACACUGGAGAAUAAACACUUCUGAGUCACUGAGUUUCAGUGACUCAUAAGUGAGAGACACAGAGGCAAAGCACUCUCUCUAACCCCAUGUCUGAUUGUCUGACAAUUAACUCCCAUUGAUUGUCUGCGUGCAUCCCAGCCAGUGUCAAUACAUUAGUUUAGGGCAGCGUGACCAUCCAGUGGUGACUGUUUGCACUUGUGAUAUUCAGGAUGAGACAGAUUUGAUUUCAUUUGAUCCAAAACACAACAACAUAAUAUGACAAUAAAAAUAAUAUGAAUAAAAAUAAAGCUUUUCCUAAUGGCAGUUUCUUACUUUUACUCACACGUUCUAUACUUCAUGGUUGAUAUGAAGCUCAUCUUUGUGAGGUGACUGAAUAAAAAAAGACGACACAGUUGUCAUCUCCAGUUUAUGGGAAUGUACAUUCUUUAUUUCCAAACUUGAAAACAUGACUCUCAGCAGCAACAUGGCACAGUCAUAGCAGACAUACAGUAUCCACACUUUUGCAUCUUCCAUCUUAAUUACAUUUUUGCCAAAAACUGGCCUUCAUCCCGGGCGAUGUUCAGCGGCUCAACUAAACAAUCCAAGGUAAACAGGAGCAACAGGAAAGAACAAAAAAAACAAAAAACAGGUUCUUCUAUCUGCUCAGGACCUAUGCAUAAGAAGCAAGCUUAUAAAACGACACCUGGUUUAAAGAACACAGUAAGGCCAUAACUCACUGAGCAGAUGAGGUGAUGUGUGUGGCUGUUUUAGUGUACCAUUGCCCUUUGUAGCCCAAUAUUUUAUUUUUAUUUCCAUUCAUAUAAGUUUUACCACUGGUAUACCUGCUGAAGCAAAGACCCACUUUUCCUCAAAAUUUGUCAUCACUAUAUCAGGGCUUUGACAGCAACACCAACUUGGAUUGCAUAGAGAACGAUGACGGGAGCCUUUAUAUGAGAAUCAAGACAUCAGAUGAAAAAGGAGAAUACGGGCAUCAAGGUCAGCUGGCUUCUCUGGACAGCAGACGUAUAUCUGGUAAAUUACAUCCUGGUGGAUACUAAAGUCACACGGCCAUUUCAGAGCACAGAAAAAUAACCUUGAAUACUUCUGAUAACACCACCUACGCUCUCUCCUGGGUAAAUAACAUUCCUCCUUUGUUUACCCCGCUUU